CCCCUCCCUCUCUCGCCCUCAUCAGCCCCGUGGCCUGAGUCUCUCCUCCUGAGCAAGGAGCCGCUUUGUUGGGAGGGUUUUUCCUAAACACGCGGGUGAUUCUGAAUCUUCCACUCCGCUCAGUGGAACGCGGCUUCAUAAAAAUAUGUGCACUGUCUCUUUAAGAUCCCUUCGCUGGUUCGGUUCGUAUUGAUCAAUCCACCAUUUUCCAGCGCACAGCGCACAGCACCACAACACACAGCAGCGGCGGCAGCGGCUAGAGAAAGCCCUACCUGGAGACGCCAGGCAGGACCGGGGGGCAGUCAUGGCAGCCAACAUGUACCGGGUCGGAGAUUAUGUUUAUUUCGAAAACUCCUCCAGUAACCCACUGCUGAUCAGGAGGAUAGAGGAGCUCAACAAGACUGCAAAUGGGAACGUGGAGGCCAAAGUGGUGUGCUUCUACCGACGAAGAGAUAUCUCCACAACGCUCAUCGCCCUCGCAGACAAACAUGCACGAGAAUUGGAAGAGGAGAUGGAGAACCCUGAAAUGGUGGAUCUCCCAGAGAAACAGAAGCAUCAGCUCAGACACAGAGAGCUCUUUCUCUCCAGACAGCUCGAGUCUCUGCCCGCCACACACAUCAGGGGGAAAUGCUGUGUUACACUUCUGAAUGAGACAGAAGCCCUGAAGUCCUAUUUAGACAGGGAGGAUGCCUUUUUCUACUCGCUGGUGUAUGACCCUCAGCAGAAGACUCUGCUGGCUGAUAAGGGAGAGAUCAGAGUGGGGAGCAAGUACCAGGCUGACAUCACUGACCUCCUCAAAGAGGGAGAAAAUGAUGGCCAGGAGCUGGAGAAACUGGAGGAGAGGGUGUGGGAUCCCAGCAGCCCACUCACUGAGAAACAGAUCGGCCAGUUCCUCGUCGUGGCUAGGUCUGUGGGUACGUUUGCACGGGCUCUAGACUGCAGUAGUUCAGUUCGGCAGCCCAGUCUGCAUAUGAGUGCUGCGGCAGCCUCCAGAGAUAUCACACUGUUUCAUGCCAUGGACACAUUGCAUAAGAACGGUUAUGACAUGACACGGGCCAUCGCCGCGCUAGUACCCCAGGGAGGACCGGUGCUCUGCCGGGAUGAAAUGGAGGAAUGGAGCCCGUCCGAAGCCAACCUGUUUGAGGAAGCGCUCGAGAAAUAUGGCAAAGACUUCACUGACAUCCAGCAAGACUUUCUUCCUUGGAAGUCUCUGACAAGCAUCAUUGAGUAUUAUUACAUGUGGAAGACCACAGACAGAUACGUUCAGCAGAAACGUUUAAAAGCAGCAGAGGCGGAGAGCAAGUUAAAGCAGGUUUACAUCCCCAACUACAACAAGCCCAGCCCUAAUCAGCUGAGUGUGAACAGUGUAAAGCCCGGGCUGGUAAACGGAGCAGGGGUGGUGCCAGGAGCGCCGGGCCAGCCUGUUGUACUGGGCCGAGCAUGUGAGAGUUGUUACACCACCAGCUCCUAUCAGUGGUACUCAUGGGGACCACUCAACAUGCAGUGCAGACUGUGUGCCUCCUGCUGGGCUUACUGGAAAAAAUACGGAGGCCUGAAGAUGCCAACCAGGCUGGAUGGAGAGAGGCCGGGGCCCAACCGCAACAACAUGAGUCCUCACGGUCUGCCGAUGAGACACAGUGGAAGCCCAAAGUUUGCUGUUAAGACCAGACAGGCAUUCUUCCUGCACACUUCUCAGCUGACGAGAACAGCUCGACGCAUCUGCCAGGACCUGUUGCGAUCCAGAUACUUGGCAAGACACCCCUAUAUACCUGUCAACACUGCCGCUAUCAAAGCAGAGUGUGCUGUGCUGUGGCCAGAUGUGUCUAAAAAGCCUGCACCUCUAAAGCAGACUGUAAGGAAGCCUUUGGAGUCAGUGGUUCGAUAUCUGGAGGCCCACCCCCGCCCACCCAGAUCAGAUCCUCCGCGAGGAGCCACCAUUUCCACUGGGAGCCUGACACCCAUCAAAUCGAUGCCCAUCCUCAACAAUGGCUCCCCAACCAUCCUGGGCAAACGCACCUACGAGCAGCACAAUGGCCUGGAUGGGUCCAAACCCAAAGUCCUGGCUCCUCAGUGGGAAAUAAUGACCAAGAGGGUGUCUGAACCAGGCCGAACUCCUUCUGGACUGCAGGACGAGGUUCAUGAACUGGACUGACCUCUGUUCUGAUUACUGACUGCUAUACUCAGACAAGAGGAGCAGGUGACUUGAGAGAUUUUUUCAGCUCUCAGUACUGGAUGGAACUGAGAAAGGAUCUGCAGUCAGCAUGCACUGCUCAAGUGGCCCAUUUUUAUAGCUGAAGCCAUUGAAAAGACUACUAAGUCUCCAUGGAUUACAAGAGCCUGUGGCCUAGCAGGACUGACCUGAUUGAAUAGGACUGAUUAUUGUUAUCAUUUACCAUCAGCUGUUACUUCUGUCACUGUAAUUAUUAUUAUAAUUAUGAUUAUUAUAAUUAUUACAAUUAUUAUUACUGUUAUUUUUUAUCAAGUAUAAACAUUUUACUUUUAAUGACUUGUUGAUAAAAAUUAAGAAUCUUGAACGUUUCUUGAAACAGCUUGCUCCCAAACCAUUAUGUAAAAGUGGGACGAAAUGUCAAUUUUGUCUCUUAGAUUGUUUUGUAUCAUGUCGUAUCCACGCGAACUUGAAGGACUAUAUGACUUCUGUUUUUUGUUUUUUUCGUUUGGAUGCUUGUAUUCUCCGGUUCUGUAUGCCCGUCCUGCCACAGUGGUUUAACUUAUUCAGAAAGACAGUUUGAAUGUUCUUUUUGUACCUUUUUCACAAGUAUUACAACUAUGCUUCUAUAUGUAAUUUCUCUUUUGUGAAUAUGUAAAUGAAAACAAGAGGGAGGCGUUAUUGUACAGUGGUGCAUUUCGGGCCUCUGGUGGGUCUCAAACCUUGUUGUAAUGGAUUUGCCAUGCACAGCGUAUUCUUUGAAAACUUCUCUUUUUGUAAGGAAACAUCUCUAGCUCUCCUCUCCUGCAUAAAUGGAGAGUUGUCUAGAGAUGAUGGGAACUCUGAAAAGGUACUACCCCAUUAAUACAAUGAUGCACCUUCUUAAGAAUAAGCCUGUAUAAGAGUGUGGUGUUUGUUAUUCCUUGCAUUUGCACCAGUAUUGUAGUCGCAGCACUCAGAAACAGAAACAGGCCGCUUCAGGCCUGGGAUAUGUGAUACAUCCCAGUUUACUCUGCAGUUGGCUUAUCAAAUAUUGAUAUCUUUAGGGCAAUAGAGAGCUUCUUUCACUCAUCACACAAAUACGCUUUUUCUUUUGUUUUAUACACAAAAUGGACUGAGUUAGCUGUAAAAAAUUUAUCAUGGUCAACUUUUAAGGAUUAAUGUAUAGUUUUUGACUGUUUUAACCAAAGAUGCUAAAUUUGCUGGUAUCUACAACUUAAGCCUUUAGAAGAUUGUUUUGUACUUUGAUCAGUGCAUGUUUCUGUAGACUACUGUUCAUGAACUAAAACUUUAUUAUAUCUAAAGUAGAAAAUCAUUCCAUUGCACAAAAGUUAAGGAGUGUUUGAUUAACCUAAACAUUUGUGUUAUAAACUGCCAUUCCUAAUCUAAAUGUAAGACCUCCAAAUCUUCAACUGAACUCCCAUAGUAAACUUUUUUGAAAAUCAA